UCCAAGGAUUUUGUUGCCUCUAUGCAUGCAAUCCUCUUUUGCAGAUUCCUGUGCGCUCAGUGAACUGUGACCAUCUGCAGUGCUUUGACCUCUCCUCAUAUUUGGCAAUCAACAAGAAGCGUCCUCGGUGGUCCUGUCCUGUCUGCAGUUUGCCCGCCCCAUUCCGCGAUCUCCGACGCGAUGAUUUUUUCGUCCAAAUGGUUGCUGAUCAAAGUCUCAAGGAUGCCGAAAUGGUCCACGUAGAUGUCAGUGGGCAGUGGCAAGAAGUCUCGAAACCACCUGACAGUGCUUCCUCUGCUGUCAUAUCCAUCAAGGAUCCGAUUUUCGUAAUUCCUUCCGACAACCCGACAAUUGCUGCCGUUCCCUCACUACUGCAUGACACCUCUAUGAUUAGGCCUUACAUAUUGGACUCGAAUUUGCCACCCAGACCGGUGACGCCAAUUGGACCGGAUUGUACUCAAUUCAAUGGUUGUAUCCUUCGCUCUGGCGACAGUGACGAGAACGUUCGAGAGUGUAGCGCUACGCAACCGCAGCAAUCAACCGUUGCCCAUCCAACGUCAUCCAGUGGUUGCCGCGGUCAGUGCCUUCCUCCUGCCGUCACUGAUGAACAGUCAGGAAAGCAUGGUUUUGCGAUGCUUGAUUCUGCACCAAGGAUGUAG